CCCGCCGGAAGUACAUCCGUGUGUGUUCAAAAAAACAGACCGACCAUGAAUCCUCUCACCAAAGUGAAGCUGAUUAAUGAGCUGAAUGAGAGAGAGGCUCAUCUCGGCAUUAAGGACUCGGUGUCCUGGCACUCAGAGUACAAGGACAGCGCGUGGAUUUUUAUCGGUGGAUUUCCAUACGAGCUGACAGAAGGAGACAUCGUCUGUGUUUUUUCACAGUAUGGAGAGAUCGCCAACAUCAACCUGGUGCGAGAUAAGAAGACGGGAAAGUCCAAGGGGUUUUGUUUUCUCUGCUAUGAGGAUCAGAGAAGCACGAUUCUGGCAGUGGAUAACCUUAACGGCAUUAAGAUCAAAGGGCGGACGUUACGUGUGGACCACGUGGCUAAUUACCGUCCACCCAAAGAUUCAGAGGACAUCGACGACAUCACCAAACGCCUCAGGGAGGAAGGCUGCGCCCCCAAACUAGCAUCUUCGUCCGAGUCGGAAUCGGAAGACGAGCAUCUCUUACCGAUAAAGAAACCAAAAAAAGAUAAAAAAGAAAAGAAGAAAAAGAAGAAGGAGAAAAAAGAAAAGAAGAAGGAAGCGAAAGAGGAAAAGCGAACAGUGCAGACCGACCCGUCACACCCGACCGCUGGCGCGAGCGUGAAGAAGGAGAAAGAGGACGCUGGCUAUGAGAAGUACAUCCUGAAGGGGGCGCCGGAGACGAAGAACUUGUGGGAAAGAUCAGCAGAGGAUCGGAGGGGAGAGAGGGACAGAGAGAGGGACGAAAGGAGGACAGGAACGAGUAGAGACGAGGCGAGAGGGAAAGACGAGCAGAGAGCACGCGAGAACAGAGAGAGGGAAAGGGGGAAGGAGAGACCGCGAGAGAGAGACGGAGACCGGAACCGAGACAGAGACAGAAACAACAGGGACAGAGAGAGAGAAAAAUGGAGAGACCGUGAAUACAAACGCAACUGAGCAGUUUCGAUUCGCCAGAUUCCCCUGUCUGAUGUUGUGGCGUCAUAAUGAUGUUUUUGUGUUUUUCAAAAAUUGUAAAUAAAGUUACCUUUUUUUUU